AUGGCUAAAAGCUUCAGCACGUUCAAAGUUCACUGGGUGGUUUUCUCUCCCAUGCCCCACACACUAAAUUGGAAAUUCUUUGCCAUUCACAACGAAAAUUGCGGUAUCAGCAAUCGCAUUAUGAGUGAAAGCUCACCUAAUUUCAGGCAUGCGCAUCCCGAGCUAUACUGGCCGGAGGAUCUGGCCCGACUGCGCGAGAUGGCGCAGCCGUACAAGAAGCAGGAGAUUGCGAGAGCCCGGAACUUUAUCAUCGCUGCCCUAGCCGCCCAUGGGAUUGCGUAUCGGUUCGAGGUUAACGACAAAUGGUCCAAAGCCGUCUGGCUCUGGAUGGACUUACAUCAAAGAUUUAGCCCUACUACAACACUAACCGGAAAACCCAUCAGCGUCAUCCGCCCCGGAACCUCCGACCAAAACGACCCCAAUCCCUUCCGCCCCGACCUCUUCGUUGUCAUAUGCGAGGACCAGCGACUGAUUGAGGUCCACUGCCAAUGCGAAGGCAUGUCAUGGUCCGAUCAGCUCAGCCUCUUCCAGCGGGAGCUGUGGCUCGAUGUCAAGAAGUUCGGAGACGAAUUCGUCGAGUGGGAUCGACAAGGCCCAUUACCAGCCAGCUUUCUAGAACGGUACCUGCGACUAAUGCAGUACGCGGGGACCCGACCCAGCGAAGUGCACGCGGUGCGUACGCGAUUGGACCGCCGGGGAACGAUGGCUCUGGUGCACGUGUAUAAGUUUUUCCACCCUGUGCGGACUCACAAGGAUUGGGACUGUGUGCAGAGACUGAGGCAUACCUUCGGGGCGUGGAGGGAUGAUCAGUUGUAUGAUUCGAGGCUCUGCUGA